AUGCUUACCAAUUCAAGUUCUUCGAAUGAUCUUGGACGGGUAUUAUUUGAAAUUGAUGCUGAUCCUCAAUUUGUCAUAUCAAAACCAUUCGCUGAUAUUAGUAGGUUUAGCAAUUUUGAUAAUGAAGAAGAAAUACUUUUUAUGAUUGGUUGUAUUUUUCGUUUAAUUGAUAUUCAUAAAAAUAAUGAUAAAAUAUGGAUGAUUCGAAUGGAAUUACGUAGUGAUGAUCAACAUGAUUUAAAGAACCUUUUCGAACACAUGAAGAAAGAAUAUGGCGGUGAAAAUAAUGAAGUGAAUCUUCUUUUAUUCGGUGAAGUACUACGUCAAAUGGGCAAAUAUGAUUUAGCUGAGAAGUUUUUUCAUUGUUUAUCGAAUGAACUUCCAUCAGAUGAUUCAAUCCUGUCUGAACUGUAUUAUUCACUUGGUUUGAUAAUGAAGGACAAAAGUGAUUAUGACUCAAGCCUUCAAUGGCUCCACAAGUCAUUGGAAAUCAAAAUGGGCACAAAUCCAUCUGAUUAUGUCAAUAUUAGUAGAAUAUUCAACUGCAUCGGUGUGAGUCAUUGGAGGAAAGGUGAUGACAAUGAAGCGUUGAAAUGGUAUAAUAAAGGUAUUGAACUUUUCAAACAAACACACGAUGAGAAUCAUAUGUCCGUGGCUCAUUUUUAUAACAAUGUUGCUGUCUUCUACCAAAAUCAUAAGAAGUACUUGGAAGCAUUAAACUUCUACGAAAAAUCAGUUUCUAUUGAUGAGAAGCAUUUACCUUUGAAUCAUUCUAAUAUAGGUACAUCUCAUAAUAAUAUUGGCGAAAUGCAUCGUUGUCCCGGUCAUUAUGAUCUUGCUUUGGAACAUUAUAAUCGAUGCUUGCAGAUCGGACUGAAAUCACUUCCUCCUCAUCAUCCAGAUAUUGCCAACAGCUACGAAAAUUUAGGUUUGUUACAUGAGGAUAAGGGUGAAUUGACACAAGCAUUGUUAUACCUUGAAAAGGCUGCUACUAUCUAUCAUAAAUCAUUACCAUCUGAACAUCCAGAUGUGAAAAGGAUUGAAGAAGAUAUUCAACGUGUUUCUUCUUAG